UUCAAAUUAGAUACAGGAGCUGAGGCAAAUGUCUUGCCAUUCAAUAUAUUUAGUGGGUUACCAGGUAAAAAUGUACUAAAUAAAGGGAUGGUGGGACACGGAUACAGCCUUUUGCAACUACUAUUUUUGAAGGCAAUGCUCCAAAGGGAGUAGCUAGAUUAUUGUUUUAUGUAACAGUUUGUUUGGCAAUUCCAUGAUUGGGUAGGCCAACCUGUGAGGCUUUGGAUUUGAUUCGUUGAGCUGAAAUUGUACAUGUAGUUGGACUUUUGACAAAGGAACGGCUGCUUGAUACGUCCUGAGAUGUUUUCGAAGGUCUGGUUGAGCUGCAAAAGACAGGUGAGAGACGAGACUUCAUUGGGAAGAAGGGAGCGACAGCUACUAUGCCUGGCAUCCUCUCUUCAUUCAUGGGUCCCUUCUUCCUCCUCCUCCUCUGCCUUUUGGCCUCAAGUUCUGCCUCUGAAGAUGACACUGUGGUGGUGACUAGCAGUGGCCCUGUUAAAGGCAAGCAAGUCCCGGCUGGCUCUGGCUCUGUGACGGCCUAUCUGGGCAUCCCCUAUGCUGAGCCCCCUGUGGGGAAACUGCGUUUCCAGAAGUCCCGCCCACAUCAGCCAUGGAGCCAUGUCUUGGAGGCCACCACCUAUGGCAACUCUUGUCUCCAGAUAAAUAAUUAUAGCUUCCCUGAUGCAGCCUUAUGGACUGCCAGCACAUCACUUUCUGAGGACUGCCUCUUUCUCAACAUCUGGGUGCCUCAUCCACGGCCCUCGAUACCUGUUCCCAUCCUGGUUUGGAUCCAUGGUGGGGGGUUUAUCUAUGGCUCAGCCUCAUUAGAUGUCUACAAUGGAGCAUUCUUAGCUGCUACAGAGAAUGUCAUCGUGGCCUCCAUGAACUAUCGCUUGGGUUUUCUGGGUUUUCUGUACUUUCCACCAGAUGCUCCAGGAAAUGCUGGCUUGUGGGACCAAUGGCUGGCUCUGAAGUGGGUCAAGGAGAAUGCAGCAGCCUUUGGCGGUGAUCCAGCUUUGUUGACUCUCUUUGGCAACAGUGCUGGAGGAGCCUCGGUGGGUUACCAUCUGCUGUCACCAGCAAGCCAACCCCUUUUUGCCCAUGCUGUGCUUCAGAGUGGAGCUCCCAAUGCCCGCUGGGCUUGGAAAGAUCCUGAAGAUGCCAAGUCGGAUGCCCUAAUUAUAGGCACCAAGUUGGGGUGUCCUGAACAAAAUCAGAGUUCCUUGGUGAGCUGCCUACAGGGGAACAAUAUUGGGGACAAGGAGUUGUACAGGCUGAGUACCCUCGUCUCAGUGACAACGGAUGGAGAGUUCCUCCUCGAUGAACCCUUGAAGCUUCUGCAGAGUGGAGCUGUUCAAUCUAAGCCUGUUCUCACUGGUGUCACCCAUGAUGAAGGAACUGUCUUUGUGUUAGCGUCAUUUCCUAAAACCAAAUCAGAUGAUGUCAUACUAACCUUGAAUGAUAUUAUUGUUGGGUUAAAUUCAACACUUUGUGAAGACACUGUCAAGGCUAUAGCUGUUAGGUAUAGUGAGGGUGCACCUGCGCCGAAAUCAUACCGUCACAUCUUGGCUGAAUAUUUUAAAGACAUCUCAUUUGUUUGUCCAUGUACUCAAUUUGCUUCCAAGAUGGCCGAAGCUGGGAGUCCUGUGUAUGUUUAUUCCUUCAAGCGUUACACGCCUCGUGCUGAGUGGCCUAAGUGGAUGGGGACAACCCAUGGAGAUGAGCUGCCUUACCUGUUUGGAACCCUGGCAACCGUGCUGGGAACAAACCAAACAGACGUUGAUGUUGCACUGAGCCACAAAGUGAUGAGACACUGGGCAGAGUUUGCCAGGAGUGGGAAUCCCACUGGAUCCCAACAGAAAGAGGAACAAUGGCCACUCUACAAUUCAACUGAGCAGAAAUUCUUCCACAUCAGUGCGGAGGCACCCCAGGUCAAACGGUUGUCAUCCGACCCACCGUGCGAUUUCUUGAAGACAAUUAAAUUCAAUGCAAACUGCACAAAGGAAUCCCAAAGAUCUGAAGAAUGAGAGAAGGAUUUUAAGAAGUGGAAUGCAAUAUAUCUUACAUAAAAUGUGAAGUCAUAAUUACAAUUAUAGAUUUUUUUUUCGUCGUCUUUUUUCUUUCUUUUUUUGAUUAGCUACCUUCUCCUAGAAGUUGUAUUAAUCAACUUUUCUUCUUAUCUUUUUAUAUUAUACAUAUUUACGUAACAAAUGGUUUGAUAAUAAUUGUUAGGGGAUUGUUUGUAUUCAUUAUUUUUUGUUUAUUUUCUUUUUUGUAACACUUUAAAUUAAAUAAAAAUAAU